GUAGGCGCAGCGCGAGCGAAGCUGGCGAGCAGGGGGCUCGAGGCGGCGUUUCGGUUUCGCUCAGUGAGUGAGCGGCGCGCAGAGCCCAGCGCGCGCCACAACCAUGAGGCGCAGCAAGGCCGAGGUGGAGCGGUACAUCGCCUCGGUGCAGGCCGCGGCCCCCUCCCCCAAAGAGAAAUCAAUGAAAGGAUUCUUUUUUGCUAAACUCUAUUAUGAAGCGAAAGAGUAUGAACUUGCUAAAAGGUACAUAUCUACUUAUCUUAAUGUUCAAGAGAGAGAUCCCAAGGCACACAAAUUUCUGGGCCAGCUCUAUGAAGCUGAAGAUAACAUAGAAAAAGCUGUGGGUUGCUAUAAGCGUUCAGUGGAGUUGAACCCAACACAAAAAGAUCUUGUACUGAAGAUUGCGGAAUUAUUGUGUGACAAUGAUGUUACAGAUGGAAGAACAAAAUACUGGGUUGAGAGAGCUUCUAAACUCUUCCCCGGAAGCCCUGCUGUUUACAGACUGAAGGAACAGUUAUUGGAUUGUAAAGGUGAAGAUGGAUGGAAUCAGCUUUUUGAUCUGAUACAAUCGGAACUCUAUGCAAGACCAGAUGAUGUCUAUGUAAACAUCAGGCUAGUAGAGCUCUACCGUUCAAAUAAAAGAUUGAAGGAUGCUGUGGCUCACUGUCGAGAGGCAGAAAAGAAGAUUACUAUGCGAUCAAGCUUGCAAUGGUGUUCGUGUGUUGUACAGACACUUAAGGAAUAUCUGGAAUCUGCACAGGACUCAGAGUCUGAAAAAAGUAUUUGGAGAAACACCAACAGAGAUCUGCUGCUGGCCUACUCCAACCUUGUGAUAAUGACACUUUCUACUAGAGAUGUUCAAGAAAGCAGAGAAUCACUUGCAAGUUUUGAUCACGCUCUUCAGUCUGUGAAACCAUAUGUGAAUGGGAAUGAUGAGCUGUCUAUUACAUUCCUGGAAAUGAGAGGUCACUUUUACAUGUAUGCUGGAACUCUCUUGUUGAAAAUGGCCCAGCACAGUGAGAAGCAAUGGAGAGCUGUAUCUGAACUGGCAGCUUUGUGUUACCUUAUAGCUUUUCAAGUCCCUAGACCAAAGACAAAACUACUAAAGGCAGAUCAAGCUGGACAAGAUAUGCUGGAAAUGUUAGCCUGUGAUCGACAGAGCCAGUCUGGUCACAUGCUGCUAAACUUAAGCCAUGGCAAGCAAGACUUCUACAAAGAGAUUGUGGAGUCUUUCGCAAACGAAAGUGGGCAAUCUACUUUAUUUGAUGCACUCUUUGAGAAUGGAGCUCCCAGAGAGAGAACUUUCCUUGGCACUGAUAAUAUCAGAAAUGUCUGUAUACAGGGACCAGACCGUGUGGAGCUAGGCAGAUAUGAUAUUGGCGCAAUUCGAGUGCACAAUGGUUGCCUCCAGCACCUUACGUGGCUUGGUUUACAGUGGAACUCCAUGUCAAUCUUACCUGAAAUACGCAAAUGGUUAAAACAACUUUUCCACUUGCCCCAGGAAACAUCAAGACUUGAGACCAAUGCUCCUGAAACAAUCUGUAUAUUGGACCUUGAAGUAUUUCUACUUGGAGUGAUAUUUACUAGCCACUUACAAUUACAAGAGACAUUUAAUACUCACUACAGUUCACAUCAGCCUCAAUUUUUACCUCUGCCAGUGAGCAAACAGCUCUGUAGUGAAAGGCAGAGAUCCUGGUGGGAUGCUGUUAAUAACCUUAUUCACAAAAAAACAAUACCAGGAACAGCAGCAAAAUUAAGACUUCUAGUCCAGCAUGAAAUAAACACUCUCAGAGCACUGGGGAAACAUGGACUUCAACCUGCCCUAAUUGUUCACUGGGCAAAACGUCUUCAUAAAACAGGCAGUAGUCUAAAUUCUUUCUAUGACCAAAGGGAAUACAUUGGACGAAGUGUUUAUUAUUGGAAAAAAGUUUUGCCUAUGCUGGAAAUCAUCAAAAAGAAGAAAAGUGUUCCUGAACCUAUUGAUCCUUUGUUCAAACACUUCCAUAGUGCAGAUAUUCAGGUUUCUCAGGUUGCAGAAUACGAAGAGGAGGCAUAUAUAGCAUUUGCUAUGUUGGAUGCAGUUGAUGGAAAAACCGAGGAUGCUUUGCUAGCACUUGAAGCUAUUAAAAACGUUGUUUCUUAUUGGAAUCUUGCACUAAUUUUCCAGAGAAAGGCUGAAGAAAUUGAGACUGAUGCACUCUCACCACAAGAACAAGAAGAGUGCAAAAGUCACUUGCAGAAGAGCAAAGACUAUCUAUUAAAGAUCAUUGAUGAAAGUUUUACAGACACUUCAGUAAUUGAGAAGUUACCAGUGUCAAUAGAAACUGUUAAGGAGAUGCUGGAUACAGUAAUUCAAGAACUUGGGGAUUAUGGCGAAGAAGGAAGUCCUGUCUUCAAGAAUGGCCUAUCCCGAACUGUAGAUUCAGAAUUUAAACACUCCACUCCAUCGCCAACAAAAUUUUCUUUAUCACCAAGUAAAAGCUACAAGUUCUCUCCCAAAACUCCCCCUCGUUGGGCAGAGGAUCAGAAAUCUUUACUUCAGAUGAUCUGUCAGCAAGUAGAAGCCAUUAAGAAUGAGAUGCAUGAAAUGAAACUCAAUAAUUCCAACUCCAACUUGUCAUCUCAUCGGUGGCCUGCUGAAGGCUAUGGCACAGACACAAUGUCAGAUGGCUAUCAGGGAACACAGAACUUUCAUGGAGCUCCACUAACAGUUGCUACCACUGGCCCAUCAGUUUACUACAGUCAAUCGCCUGCGUAUAACUCUCAGUAUCUUCUCAGAACAGCUGCAACCAAUGUAACGCCAACAAAGAUUCCUUCAGAUACUGGAGUUAAAUCUGCAAAAGAAGGAUUUAGCUUUUCAAUGCCUGUUCCUGCAGGUGGAUUUAAAUUUGGCAUACAGGAGCCUAGUAAAAAUAUCACAAAAAAGGAUGAGCCACCCAAAGAAAGUACCAAUGGCUUCUUAAACAGUGGUGAUGAAAAAGAGAAAAAGGAGAAUUCCACAAAGGGUGUAACUGGUAUCCAGUCUCCUAACGUCUCUAACAAACAGAACAGUGAUUUAGUUUUUGGCCAGAAUAGCAGCACUUUCACUUUUGCUGACCUUGCAAAAACUACUUCUGGAGAAGAAUUUCAGUUUGGUAAAAAAGAUCCAAACUUCAAGGGUUUUUCAGGUGCAGGCGAAAAGUUAUUUUCCUCACAGAGUUCUAAAGUGGCUCAAAAGGCUAAUACUUCUGUUGAUCUUGAGAAGGAGGAUGAUGCAUAUAAGACAGAGGACAAUGAUGAUAUCCAUUUUGAACCUGUAGUCCAGAUGCCUGAAAAAGUGGAACUAGUGACAGGGGAAGAGGAUGAGACAGUGCUCUAUUCACAAAGAAUAAAACUAUUUAGGUUUGAUCCAGAAACAAGCCAGUGGAAAGAACGUGGUGUUGGCAACUUGAAAAUUCUUAAAAAUGAAGUUAAUGGGAAACUAAGAAUGUUAAUGCGACGUGAACAGGUACUGAAAGUAUGUGCAAACCAUUGGAUAACAACUACCAUGAACUUGAAAUCUCUGUCUGGUUCAGACAAAGCAUGGAUGUGGUUAGCCAGUGACUUUUCUGAUGGAGAUGCAAAAUUGGAGCAGCUGGCAGCUAAAUUCAAGACGACAGAGCAGGCUGAGGAAUUCAAACAGAAGUUUGAAGAGUGUCAGAGGCUGCUGUUGGAUAUACCACUGCAGACCCCACAUAAACUUGUGGAUACUGGUAGAACAGCUCAACUCAUACAGAAAGCAGAAGAAAUGAAAAGUGGGUUGAAAGAUCUCAAAACCUUCUUGACAGAUGAUAAAACUAAAUUGACAGAAGAAGAGAAUAAAAACUCAGCUUCAGCCAGUAGUACCUCUGAUUUAAUUAUAAAGCCACAUGCUGAAAGCACUGGGCCUACUCUGGAGUGGGAUAACUAUGAUUUACGUGAAGAAGCAUUGGAUGAUAGUGUAAGUAGCUCUGUGUAUGCCUCACCUCUGGCAAGUAGCCCUGUGAGAAAAAACCUAUUUAGAUUUGGGGAGUCUACAACAGGAUUUAAUUUUAGUUUCAAAUCUGCCUUGAGCCCAUCAAAAUCUCCUGCCAAACAGAAUCAGAGCAGGUUGUCUGUGGGAACAGAUGAAGAGUCUGAUCUUACUCAAGAAGAAGAAAGAGAUGGACAGUACUUUGAACCUGUGGUACCUUUACCUGACCUUGUAGAAGUGGCAAGUGGUGAAGAAAAUGAGCAAGUUGUCUUCAGUCAUAGAGCUAAACUCUACAGAUAUGAUAAAGAUGCUAAUCAGUGGAAAGAAAGGGGCAUUGGGGAUAUAAAGAUCUUGCAGAAUUAUGACAAUAAACAAGUUCGUAUCGUAAUGAGAAGAGACCAGGUAUUAAAACUCUGUGCCAAUCAUAGAAUAACACCAGACAUGAACAUGCAACAGAUGAAAGGAACUGAAAGAGCCUGGGUAUGGACUGCAUGUGACUUUGCAGAUGGGGAAAGAAAGGUAGAGCUCUUAGCUGUGCGAUUUAAACUACAAGAUGUUGCAGAGUCAUUUAAGCAAAUUUUUGAUGAAGCAAAGCAUGCCCAAGAAAAAGACACCUUGAUUACACCUCUUUCUUCACGUGCCAGUACACCAAGAGAGUCUCCAUGUGGCAGAAUUGCUGUAGCUGUACUGGAGGAAACUACCAGGGAGAGAACUGAUCUGAACCAGGAUGGCGAUACCUCUGAUGUGACUGUAGAAGUUUCAGAGGUGUCAAGCACUUCUGAAACGCCAACAAAAACGGUGGUUUCUCCUCCAAAGUUUGUAUUUGGUUCAGAAUCGGUCAAGAGCAUUUUCAGUAGUGAAAAGUCAAAGCCAUUCACAUUUGGAAAUACUUCAGCUACAGGAUCUCUAUUCGGUUUCAGCUUUAACUCUCCUUCAAAAAGCAGAAGUGAAGAGGAUAGUUCAGUGUCUCAAAACAUAAUGCAGAGAGAACUAGAGCUUACAGUAACUGAGCCUCAGGAAAGCUACACUGCCAAUCAGAAGCCUACAGACAGCAAGGGAGAAAAUUACUUGGUUACAUCAGCAGCAGGAUCCUCAAAUUACACAUUUAAAACACUAGAAAAAGUUGAGAGGAAAAAGGAAACUGAUGUAGAACUUCUCUCUGAUGUACUCAUUGUUUAUGAGCUAACACCUACCCCUGGACAAAGAGCUCUUGCUGACUCUCUUAAACUACCUUCAACAUUCUUCUGCUACAAGAAUAAGCCUGGCUACUUAAGUGAAGAGGAUGAUGAUGAAGACUAUGAAAUGGCUGUUAAGAAACUUAAUGGAAAGCUAUAUCCUGAUGAUCCUAAAGAGCAUAAAACAUCAAAAGAUCCUGUGCAAGGUAUCAUGGGAGAAACUGAACCAGCGAAUGAGAGAGAGUGUGUUAUUGUUUGGGAAAAGAAACCAACUCCUGAAGAAAAGGCUAAAGCAGAGACUCUAAAGCUUCCUUCUACGUUUUUCUGUGGUGUUGGUAGUGAUACUGAUGAGGACAAUGACAAUCUGGAAGACUUUCAGACAGAACUUAAAAAAGUUCAAGAAGCCAAAGAGUUUUUGGAAAAUGAAGUUACCAGUUCAACUGAUAUAGUCUGUACCAGUGAGGCGGAAGUUUCUGUUCCAUUAACCAGUGAGGCUGAAGUAUCUCUUCCAUCAACCAGUGAGGCUGAAGUAUCUCUUCCAUCAACCACUAAAUGUGAAGAGCCAGAUUCAACCACAGAAUCCCCCCCCACAUCACAGACUUUGUCAGGAACUGAUGACAAACCUGUUGAUUUGUCAACUAAAAAAGAAAAUGAUCCAAAUUUAACAGAGUCCACAAACCAAGGAAGCAGAACAGUCGCAUUUGGAUUUGACACUACUUCUGGCUUGUCAUUUGCAGAUCUGGCUUCAAAUUCUGGGGAUUUUGCUUUUGGUUCUAAAGAUAAAAACUUCAAAUGGGAAAAUACAGGAGCAGCUGUAUUUGGAGUCCAGCCAGCCAGUAAAGGAGAUGAAGAUGAAGAUGGUAGUGAUGAAGAAGUUGUACAUAGUGAUGAUAUCCACUUCGAACCUAUAGUAUCCUUACCAGAGGUGGAGGUGAAAUCUGGAGAAGAGGAUGAAGAAAUUCUCUUCAAAGAGAGGGCAAAACUCUAUCGAUGGGACAGAGAAGUCAAUCAGUGGAAAGAGCGUGGAGUUGGAGAGAUAAAAAUUCUCUUCCAUACACAGAAGAAAUAUUACAGAAUUUUAAUGAGAAGGGACCAAGUUCUCAAAGUGUGUGCAAAUCAUGUAAUCACAAAAACAAUGAAUUUAAAGCCCUUGAAUACAUCAAACAAUGCGUUAGUAUGGACUGCCACAGAUUAUGCUGAUGGCGAAGCAAAAGUAGAACAACUUGCAGUUCGAUUUAAAAGCCAAGAAAUGGCCGAUUCCUUCAAGAGGAGAUUUGAAGAAUGCCAACAAAAUUUGUCAGAACUUCAGAGAGCACAUGUAUCCUUGGCAGCAGAACUGUCAAAGGAAACCAACCCUGUAGUGUAUUUUGAGGUUUCUGCUGACGAUGAACCUUUAGGACACAUAACCAUGGAACUAUUUUCAAAUAUUGUUCCUCGAACUGCUGAAAAUUUCAGGGCCCUGUGCACAGGGGAAAAAGGAUUUGGAUUCAAGAACUCUAUAUUUCACAGAAUAGUUCCUGACUUUGUGUGUCAGGGAGGAGAUAUCACUAGGCAUGAUGGAACAGGUGGACGGUCCAUUUAUGGAGAUGCAUUUGAGGAUGAGAACUUUGAAGUGAAACACACUGGUCCUGGAUUACUGUCGAUGGCAAAUCGUGGCCGGGACACCAAUAAUUCUCAGUUUUUUAUCACUCUUAAAAAAGCAGAACACCUGGACUUUAAACAUGUGGUAUUUGGGUUUGUGAAGGAUGGCAUGGAUGUUGUGAAAAAAAUGGAAUCUUUUGGUUCUCCCAAAGGGUUGGUGAAUAGAAUUGUCAUCACAGACUGUGGGCAAAUAUAAUGUCUAAGUAGUGAUUCUACAGAUAUGUGCACUAACAGCAUAAAUCAAAGUUGGGCUGUUGUAGACUAAUUAUGUUCAGCUUUUUUAAAAUUGACAUUUCUGAUGUAUAAAUGUAAAAUUACAACUUAUAGAAAAGUACUUUUUUUAUGUGUUAAUUGACUUUGCAUGUUGUGAAAUAAAAGUUCAAACACU